AUGAAGCAGUCACCUUCCCAGAACGCAUUGCCCAUGGAUUCUGCGCUUUGGAGAGGACAGCACCUGAGGGCUUGUGAGAUGUGUCAUCGCAAAAAGACCAAGUGUGAGCUUGAAGGGUCGAAUUCGACUUGCGUGCAAUGCAUGCGCCGUAAUACGCAAUGUGUCUUCCCCGCCCAGCAUGAGAAGCGGGAUAAUCAGCAAAGUACUGAUGAAUAUGUCAAGUCUUUGAAAGACCGCCUUGUCAGGGUUGAGUCGUUGUUGAGGACGGCAGGCAUCUUGCAAGAAAGCGAUAUGAGUCAUGACGACUUUUCCGACGAAGAUGAUGAUGAUGGACCAAUUAGUCAGAGCAUAUCAUCUGCUUCCAGUCCAAAAUCAAAUUUCGGAGCGUCUCUUCGCUCACAGGGUGGGUUCAUCGAAGGUACACCCAUCUUUCCGACGGACCAAAGAGAUGAUUCUCGAUAUUUCGGAACGUCGUGCUCAAUGUCAAUUCUAUCGCGAACAGGGAUAGAAUGGAUCAAGAGCAAAGCAGGCGAUGUGAGCUUUUUGCGAAUGAUAUCUCCUGAAUCCCGUCAUGAAAAUCCAUGGAAUCAAUGGCGACCGGACGUGUUUCAGGAUUUGUUUGCCUCGAAGGUUUUUAAACCUUUGCCCUCGAGGUCAGAGGUAUUCUCUCUUAUCAAAGAUUUCUUCCGGACGGCCAACCGUCUAUUUCCUAUCUAUCUUGAAUCGUCAUUCAUGAAAAUGGUCGAAUGGCAAUAUACACAGCAAACCUGUGAUGAUGCUGCGCGCUGGGCUAACAUCAACAUGGUAAUCUGCCUGGCAUAUGAAUAUCGAUCCUCGAGUAGCUCCAAGUCAGAAAAAGACAAGGAGAAAUCCGAGUUAUACUUCAAAAACGCGAUGUCGGUCUUCACUGAAUUAGCCUUGAAACGCACCGAUCUGCUGAGUAUACAGGCAUUGCUUAGCAUGGCGUUCUUCCUUCGGGGAAAUGCGGGAACCCAAUCAGCACUGCCGCUCAUUACUGCAGCCAUGCGCUCCGGUCACCGAAUGGGACUUCAUCGAGAUAUUCCAAGACCGGAACUUAGUCCGGCUGAGCAAGAGGAGAGACGGCGCGUUUUUUGGGUUGCAUUUGUCAUUGACCAAAGUACAUGCCUAAGAAUUGGAAAUGCCCCAUCACAGCAUCAAGAUGAUUUCGAUGUCCCCCUUCCAGAAGAACUGGAGGGCGAUAAGCAUGGUGAAACCGCAAGCAACAUUCCAUUCUUCCGCGAGCUCUGUCUGAUGUCGCUCAUCAAGAGCCACAUCUACAGUCGAUUGUACUCCGUUAAGGCAUUAGAAAAAUCCCCCGCUGAAAUCUACAAGACGAUUAAAGAACUAUAUGCAGAGCUUGAAGAAUGGAAACGCAAAUCCCCAACUCUCACUGGGCCGAAAAUAAAACAUACUGAACGUGACUUCCUGUUUGGCUUUGCCUCUAUUGGUCUGCAUUUCGUCUAUCACAAUGCUGUGAUCAUGAUUCAUCGGGUACCUAUAUUUCUUAACUACAUGAUAACAGCCAGAAAGGAAUCAGAGCAGGUCAAGUCAAUCAGCAAAGCACAUGCCUUAAAAUCGGCAGCCAUUGGUGCACAGGCUGCCCGAGAUACCCUGAAGGUUGUCAAUAACAUGCCAUGGGGAGAUAUCGCAUGGACCUGGUCAUUAUUAUACUACGUCUUCCUGGCAGCAUCAACAUUAUUCUCAAAUAUUCUGCGGGAUACCCGCGAUUCAAGUGUGCGAGCAGACCUUCAAUCCCUCAACAUGGUCUCGGCCUUCUUCGCAACUCUCACCCCCCCAGGUGAAGGAUCAAAUAAUUACGCCGGUUUCAUGGCCCGAAUGAGUGCGACCCUCGAACGCAUCGCCAGAGUAGCUAUCGACAAAGACGAGAAAAGAGCCCGCGCCCCAGACGACGAAGACCAAGAUUAUAAACCACCAGGAGGCAAGAGGCAUACAUCUCGGACACAGCCAGCACCACACCACCAAAGGCAGCACCGCCGACCAACAACCCUCCGCAAAACAAUGACCCCCACCACAGCUCCGCGGUAUCCAGCAUCAAGCACCGCCAGCCCCACCACGAUGGACAGCAGUAUUCCCGACACCUUAGAAGGCCUUCCACCGGUCAAUUCCUCCGGCUACGUCGUUCCCAUGAGCCCAAUGCCAGACCCGGGCGACAACACUCAAAUACAAUCCCCAUAUCUCGCCAACCCACCUAAUAUAUACUCACCCUCAACCACAUUCCUUCACGAAGCAAAUGAGAACACCUUCGCACCGUCAAUCCCAUCCUGGCAACUAUCCCAAGACUAUCCCACAACCGCAACCCAACCCCCAGGGUCAUCAGGCAUGACUCCCAAUCCCACCGACUCCCCAGACUCCUUCAGCAGUACCGCCAACUCAAUCCCCGAUUUCUUCCAGUACCCUGUGGCCGGCGACUGGACCCACGGCGGAAAUAUCUUCGCAGGUCUCUACCCGACUGACUACAGUUUUCCGCCCUCUAUCCCAACGGGCACUCAGCCUGUCGAUGCAUAUCCUUCCAUGCCGAUUCUAUCGGCUGAGUCGUUUAUCUAUGGCGCGCCUGCUAUUGACGGCCAAACGGCUCAAGCUGGUGGGUUCGAUCCUCAAAGUCUGGGGUAUGGUUAUAUGCCGCAACAAGGCCUGGAGGAUCCGAAUCAGGGGGCGGAUCCGGUCUGGCCUAAUGGGUUCUUGGGGUUGUUCUAA